ACAAAAAUUAAUAUUUAAUCGUUUUCACUGAUAAUCUUGAUUUCGAGUUUGAAGUGUUUAAUUUUGUUUAUUUGAGCAUCCAAUUUUCAGAGAUUUUCCCAAAACUUAAAUAAACACCUAAUUUGCGAGAUGAAAACUAGUUUCCUUCUUCUAUUUAAUCCUCAAGAUUGUGAGGCCCGAGUCGAUUGAUGCCCCUUCCAAUGCUGAAGUCAAUUAGCGAACUUUCUGCCGCGCUGCCCAAACAAAGCUGGAUUUGGACCAUUGGCGUUGCGAGGUGCGCAUUUAUCUUUACGAGUGCGUCUUGUGCGCAGCCUCAGGUGCGAUAAGGCCCUCGGCAGGUAUAAAUCCGAGGGGCUCGGGCGGCUUUGCCACUUUUUCCAUUUAAUUAAACCAUGUCGCACAUCUCGGACGUGAUCUUGGCCGAAAACGGCCGACCGGCCCUCGUGCUGUCCACCGUGCUCGAGGAGCAGGAAAUCGACUGGCCGGCGCUGACCACCGCCAGGGUCGUGGCCAUGCUGGUCCUCGGCUUGGUCAGCUUCGCCCUGGGCCUCCUGCCAUGGGCCAUGGUCAAGAUUUUCAAGCUGGACGUCGAAGGACUCAUGCAGAAUGGCAAAAACAGGAUUUUCAUUUCGAUGCUUCUCUGCUUCGGUGCCGGCGUUCUUCUCUGCACAGCUUUUGUCCACAUGUUGCCAGAAUUGAGAGAAUCGGUUGAGGCUCAGGUUGCCCUUGGAAACUUGCCUGAAACGGGCCACGCCGUGCCUCUGCCAGAAAUAUUCCUUUUGUCUGGUCUGUUCUCGGUGUAUCUGGUGGAGGAGCUGGUGCACCUCUUCUUCGGACGGUCGCCUGGGCACAGCCACGCGGCCAGGAAGUCGGACCUGGAGGCUUCGUCGGACAGCGUCGCCGUCAGCAACAACAGCAAGGAGAGGCUGGCGCGGCGCAAAAGCUCAAUUUUUUGGCGCCGCCCCAAGCUGCACUCGCUGUUCACCAACCUGAGCGCCCUGAUCGCGGUGCUCGCCCUUUCCUUCCACGCGGUCUUCGAGGGUUUGGCCGUCGGUCUCGAGUCGAGCGCCACCAACGUGUGGUACCUGAUGGGCGCCGUCGCCGCGCACAAGUUCGUCAUCGCCUUCUGCGUCGGCGUCGAACUGCUCGUUUCAAACACCAGCUUCCUGCUCGUUGUGCUUUCGGUCGGAGUUUUCGCAAUCGUCACUCCUUUGGGAAUUGGCAUCGGCAUCGCCGUGACAUCGGGCGAGUCGUUUUCCGCCGAGACGGCGGCCACCGUGGUCCUGCAGGGCAUGGCCGCCGGAACUUUGAUCUACGUGGUUUUCUUCGAGGUUCUGCACAGGGAGCGUUCCAGCCUCACCCACUCCGGCAUUUGGCAGUUCCUGGCCGUGCUCGUCGGAUUCCUCGUCAUGUUCGGACUCAUCAACGCUGCUGGACAUGAGCACAGUCACGAGGACGAACACAACCACACCGACGUUCACCACCACCCUCACGAGGCGCCAACCCUGAGCUCCAUUCUGCCGCAGCUAGUGCAAAACAUGACUGACAAAGUAGUGGGCCAGCUAACGGGAACCACCCCUGAAGUGCACGGCGACCACGACCACCACGAACAUCACCACCAUUGAAGAGGAAGAAAAUUCAAUUUUCUAUUUAUUCCCUGAGACCUGUUUUAAUUAACAUGUUAACUCGGUGUUUCUUCAAUAUGUAUAAACAUUACAGUCUAGUGUAAAAAAAUACAAAAUGGGGCACCUCUUGCAAAACAAAAGUGUGUACCAAUAUUUUUAUGAAAAAGUAUAGUGAAUUGACAAAAAUGGGUAUGAGAGGAAAAAUGUAUCAAAACUGAUUUUUUUCUUUCGGAAGGCUCAUUAAAUUUGCGUAUGUACAAGAUAUAGUUUUAUACACGAUUAAUUUCAGCAAUAUAUGUACAUUAAAGAUUGAUUGUGCAUUUCCCCAUUAACAUGAGCAAGUAUAUAUUUAAGUAAAUUUUGUUCCGGAGAUAAAAAAAUGAUCUUCUUUUGUUUGACGACAGGGUAUAAAAAGUUCUCUUUUACUCUGUGCAUUACAAAAAUUAUCAAACCAGGAGUAACGAAUUAACGAUUCAAAUAUGCAAACACAAUUUUCGUUAAUUGAUAAAAACAAACUUGAAAUUAAUCAAAAUUUUAGUCAACAUAUUUGAAUUGCUAGUCAAAAAAGAUAAGCACGAAUUUUGGUGACUAAAAAUGAGUUAGUUUUUUUGUAACCCACAACUUGAAGUUCAUGCUUCAUCUUUUUCGCCAUCCUAAGAGAGAAGCUAAGAGAAACAGGAGUAAAAUAAUAAUUGUUCAUUUUUCAUUAAUGAAUAUAAUUACAGGUGUUUUUUACAAAUUGUAACAGUUCCUCAUGUGAUAAUGUAACCGCACACACUCUUGGUAAUUAUUAUUCAGGCACUCAGAUGGACGUGAUUCUUCAAAAUUAAAUGAGAAUUUUCAUGUGUACAUGUUUGCGAGAUUCUUUAUUUAUGUACUCUCGGUGCCAACUGAUGUGUGUGACUUUAGCUUUGUGAGUGUAAAUAUGCGAGAGACAAGAGAGAAACAUGAUCUUUUUCAAAUAAAAUAAAAAAUACAAUUUUAAUUGAAAUUUUUAUA